GUGGGCGGGGCCAGCGGAGCAGCGCCAUGGCGCUGGGGCUGGGGCUGGGGACGCUCCUGGGGGUCCUGGGGCUCCUGAGGACCCCGGCGGGGGCGGCGGAGGUUCUCCACUCCCUGCGUUACGUGCGCGUGGCGGUGUCGGAGCCUGGCCCAGGGCUCCCCCAGUACAUGGCCGUGGCAUCUGUGGACGGGAUCCCCUUCGCAUGCUACAACAGCGAGCGGGGCCGGCUGGAGCCGCAGACUCUGUGGAUGGCGGCCGGAGCUGAGCCGGGAUAUUGGGAUACAGAGACCCAUUUCAGCGAGAGGGACCGGUACCAGGACCCUGACGACCUGAAGAGGCUGCAGAUCCGGUACAACCAGAGUGGGGGUCUCCACACGCUGCAGAAGGAUUUCAACUGUGAGCUCCUGUCUGACGGGAGCAUCCGUGGAUCCCAUCGGUACGGCUACGACGGGCGGGAUUUCAUCUCCUUCGAACUGGGAUCCAAGAGCUUUGUGGCGGCCGAUGGCGCCGCCCAGAUCACCAAAAGGAAAUGGAAAUCUGACGGGAUCAUGGUGGAGAGGUUGAUGAAUGACUUUGAGCACACCUGCCCGGAAGUGCUCCAGAAACACGUCCGAUAUGGGCGGGAGGCACUGGAGAGAAAAGAGCCCCCCAAUGUCCAUGUCUCUGGAAAAGUGGAACACGGGAUCCUGACGUUGUCCUGCCGCGCGUACGGAUUCUACCCUGGGAUGAUCGGGAUCAACUGGCUGAAGGGGGAUGAAAUCCGGGAUCAGGAGACGGAGUGGGGCGGGAUCGUUCCCAACAGCGACGGCACCUUCAACAGCUGGGCCAGGAUCGAGGCGCUGCCGGGGGAGUGGGAGCAGUACCAGUGCUGGGUGGAGCACGCCGGAAUGCCAGAGCCUGGGAUCUUUGCCUGGGAGCCGGAAUCCAGAUGGAAUUCCACCCCGGUGCUGGUCACUGCAUCCGUCAUCGCUGCCAUCAUCAUCAUCAUCGGCCUCAUCGGAGUCGGUGUCUGGAAGCUCCGAUCUGGGAAGAGGGAGAGGAAUGGGUAUGGUGCGGCCAACAGGACAUGGGAACUGACUGUUCCCCCACAGGAAUCACACCCUGAGCGAUCCCCGGUUAAGAUUCCAGAGGUGCCAAAAAUAAAAGCCAUCCCUGGUGUCACUCCGGUUCUCCAGGGGUGUUUCUCUUUCAUCUCAUCCAAGGGAUCUCUCAGGAAAAGAACCUAUUGCGGUGCCUCCACGUGUCAUGACACGGGCUCUGACAGCGUGGAGAACUGGGGGGACAUGGAGGUUGGGGGGUCUGGCAGGAUGCUCUGCCCGGAUAAAGCCUAAAAUCUGGUCAGAGAACCCAAACAACCCAAGCUGUUUGUGCUGAGCUACCACUGGUGCCAAGGGGCUGCUUUUAGUGUUGGAUUGUGCUAAAACCAGCCUGGUUCACCCACUGCAAACACAACCCCUGCUUUUGGAAGCAGGAUUUGACUGAUAAGCUGCUGGCUGGCCUGGAGAAAUGGGACUGGCAGUCAAACUCUUUAUAACUAUAAAAGCCCAGUCCAACUUUCACGUGGCAGAUUCUUCCACAGGCUUUCCUGGAGUAUGUAGAGCUUGUCCCGCUUGUCCCAUGGAGCAGGGAGGCCUCUUCAUGGUUACUCAGGGGUUAAGUUGCACACGGAGUUACAUCAGUCUCCACUAAUGACUGUUUCUUUUUGCCAGCUUUGAUACAAUUUGGUACAAUUGCUUUGGUAGAAUUGCUUUGAUACAAAGCACUAUUUUAUGCUAUAUUGUACUCUACUGGUAGGUUUGUAGCAUUUAUACUGUGUAGUAAAUUAUUCUAGUUAAGAUCUUUCCUCUGUUCACUUGUCUGUUCACUUGUCUGUUCAUUUGUCAUAAAUAAUAAAUAACUUUAUAUAAAUAUA